AUGGUGUGGAUGAAGAGCUUUCUAUUAACCAUCGGGCUGAUGCCAGCUCUGACCUGCGCUGCGCCGACAAUUCACAGGCGCAACUCCAACAACACAUGCAGAAAAACCAAACGACUGAUAUUAUCCAGAGGAGGCGGUGUUGCCGGCAUAACAGCAGCUCAAGCACUGUUCAACCAAUCUGUCUCCGACUUUCUCAUCCUCGAGUACCAGGAUCGUAUUAGAGGUCGCAUGCUAAACACAGGGUUUGACUCAGAUUCCAACGGCGACCCAUAUACAGUCGAACUAGGCGCAAACUGGAUCUCCGGAUUAGGCGAAAACACCAAAAACGGCCCAGAAAACCCAGUGUGGACUUUUUCGAAACAAGUCAACCUGACGAGUCCCAAUUCUGAUGCUUUUUCUAUUGCAACUUACAAUGAAACUGGGGCUAUUGAUUACACCGGAAUCCUUGAUGAGUUUGAAGAGACUUGGACUGGCUUUGAACAGAGGGCAGGGACGAUACUUUCAGAAAAUCCACAGGACAGGAGUGCCCGUGCAGGCUUUUGGCAGAGCGGAUGGCGACCAAAAGGCGAUCCCAUGCGCAAGACAGUAGAGUACUAUCUUUGGGAUUGGGAGACGGCACAGACGCCUGAGGAAUCUGGCUUCGUAUACGGAAUCACGGGAUGGAAUUUGACAUACUAUGGAUUCUCCGAAGAGAGCAAGUUCUGCGCUGACCCGCGCGGCUUCAGCACAUGGCUCAAACACCAGGCGUCCAAAUUUCUCCAACCAAGUGACCCACGUCUCCUUCUCAACACUAUCGUGACAAAUGUUAGCUACUCGGACACUGGUGAACACAUUACAACCUCUAACGGCUCCUGCGUAGAGGCCGAUUAUGCCAUCUCUACCAUUGACAGCGUAUAUGUUGAAGAUGGCGAGUUUCGAGUAUGUGGCUCGACAUCCUUCAUAGUCCCACUCAACGGUGUCGUUCAAGUCGCGGCGCAAAAUGAUGCAUACACCAUAUAUUUUUCCGCUUCCCCGUGGAUCACGCGCACCAUGGGGAGAGCACCUUGUGUUUUGGUAUCUUUGGAUGCGAUUUUGACUUCUUGGAGGAAGAGGAUGGAUGGCCAGUGGUGGCAGUGCAGGAAGGCUCGCAAGGAAGUGAGAUAUACUUGA